GCUGGCCGAAGCAAAACGACGUCCGUCCUUGGUGCCGUGGAUUCCUUGUGACCAGCCAGGAUUGCAGCCGAGGCAGCACGCAACAGGAAGAUGGUCAGCGACUGGCAGAAGCACAAAAUCAUCCAGGAAUUCCUCAUACCAGACGAGGACAAGGACGACAUCGCCUACUGCCAGAGAUCGUUGCGGGAUUGCGUGAAAGUGCAUCAGUAUCUUACGGAGCGAUGCAAGGAUCUGCACGAGGAGCAGCAAACGUUGGUGAAGCAGUACCAACAGGAGCUGGAAGCGGAGAUACUGGCCAUCGGCAAGGAACAGAGUGUGGUGGUGGCCCAUCUUACAAAGCGACUAAAGGAGUUCCAGCACAACACGGCCAAGGAGCGAAAGAUCGAGCUCGCCGAUGACCUUGCCAAUGGUUACGUCGCGUGGGUUUUGUCGAACCAUUGUGAAGUGAACGGAAAUCCCGGAUUAUGCCAAUCGCCGCACAAGGUAUCGGAACGGUUAAGCGAAUGGCAGCUCUUCCAGAAGUAUCGCGUCGAAUCGAUCCCCCUUUCGCAAUCAAACGAAGAUGGCUCUGCAGUCACAGAUGAUGGUACAAAACGGGCGGAGAAGCGGCUCCGCACACGGCCAGUAUUGCAGACGUCGUUGCUGAAACCGGCAACGGAACGUACCGCUACACCUGAGAGCGUCAUCGUUAAACCGAAGGCUGCUGAUGCCCUUACGCCACCGGUCACACCACCUUCCCCAACUCAAUCCGUCCAGCGAUCGCCGUCUUCUAGUGCGAUGGGUGUGAAAACGGUCGCUGCAACCCCAGCAAGCGGUGGAAGCAACAAACGCAAAGCGAUUGAAAGCUCGGCGACGGUCGAGAGUAAAAUACUUCGUUCUCGGUCGGCUAUCGUCGGUGGCCCGUCCAAGGGAGGAAAGACUGUGGAACCGUUGGAAGAAACGGAACCGGGAGAUACCUUUGACGAUUCCUCCGCAUCAUCGGUGGCAACCGAUACAGCGACGGUAACUGCCGCUAUGAAACGAAGCCGUAGCAGUCUGUACCAGGCAUUGAACAAGGCCAAGUUGACCCAGAAAACGAGCCCUCCAAACUCGGCAACGAAAAGCAAUCGUGGUGUGCCCACAGCUGCCACCACAGCCACUGCCGGUGCCAAUGGCAAUGGGCGUGGCAACGAAACAGCAGGCCGAGCUACGUCCGUAUCGUCCGAUUCCUCAAACUCACGUUCGUCUACGCCUGGUUCAUCGCGUAAGGUUGCCGCUACAGAACCGCCGGUCACGUCGGAUGAUUCGUCGAACGAACGGUUCUUGCCACCGGAAGACUACUGUCCACCGCCGGACACGGUACACGAGUGGGAACAGUACACGUUCCUGAAGCUGUACGGACUGUAUACGCUCGAGGACAGCCGUCUGCUGAAGGAACGCAAGAAUGAACGCAAACGACGCAGCUGUUGUAGUACCGAGCGAAAGGAUUUCCAUUAUGGCCGGUACGAUCAGUUCGAGCAACAGUACUAUGUGCUGAGCAAACGACGCACUAACGGUAACAAACGGCCUGCCCUGCUGUACACGGCUACGACCGUUGCCGAAAGGUGUAUGAGUCACCGGAAGCAGCAGCAGCAGCAACGUGGUGGUGGAGGAUCAUGGUCAACGACCAGCACAGAACCGUCACCUCCCUUGGCCUCAUCAACGGAAGACGUUGCAGCUAUCGUACCACCAAUGUCACGUUCGGAAUCGCCAGCCUCUGAACCAGUGGCCGACAGUUCUACGACGAUUCUGGAACCGGACAACAAAAUAUGCCUCGUCUGCAACGAACCAGGUACCAGCGACAGCCUCAGCGCUUGUGUGGAGUGCUGCAAUUUUUACCACAUCAACUGCCACACCGACGAGAAGGAAGAGACGCUUGAAAAGACAUUACCACCACCAGCUCUGGAGACGCCUGCUGAGGAUAAUACCAUUGCUGCUGGUGACGAUACUUCUACUGCUGCCGCUGCUGUAACCGCUGGCAGCAGCAGCAGCAGCAAGAUAGAUGAUAAUGCGGUACAGAUACUGCCACCGCAACGGGACAAUCUUUGUCCAGGUUGUUUCAAGAUAGCCCGCAAAGCGCAGCUUCGGGUAGCAUGAGCAUGAUGUUAGUUUAUCACAGUAAUUACAAGAGGCCUAUACUAGAGAGCGUAAAAAGCUCAUGAUUCCCGUUUUAGUUAGCGAAUUGUUAAUAACGAAUGAGAAAGGACCAUUUGAGGGACCCACCAACAUAUGAUUAACCUCGAAAGGAUUCCCCUUUCCCACCCCUAGGUGCAAUGAUUUAAAUAAAUAUUAAA